ACAUUUUUUCCUCGAUCAUAUAUUUUGUGCUAAAAUUUGGUAUACGGUGUUUUUUUGUAAUCCGCAAACGUUUAUAUGCUGGCUUCUAGGCGAGAUUAUUUUUAGUACGUCACACGGAGUCCCAGACAUAGAGGCGAGCGAGCUGGCUUAAUAGCUCUUAAUAUGUUAAUGAGCCAGCGGGGAACCACAUUUGUCUGCGCGUGCGCCUGUCUCUGUGUUUAUAUUAGCAAGGAAAUGUACGCGAGGUUUAGUUAGUCGAAAUGACGCGAGGUAUAAAGAGGUCUCGGGCCAGCGCUCAAUUGAGUGACUCUGAAGAACAAAUUACAAAGGUUUCUAAAACCAUGAGAAAACAAGAAAUACAACAACCAUUACCACUGCUGGAUUGCUGUGCUAAAGCUGUUGCUAGUAAAAUAUCGUUUCAAGAGAUAGAGGAGACAUUCACUUGUAUACCCGAGCCGGUUCAGCUACGAGUUAUAUACUGGUCAUUUCCUUAUGAUGAACGAGAAAUUCGUAUGUAUUCAUCCUCGGCUAUACAACAUCAGAAGAUGCCAUUUCAUCAAGGAAUGAAAUUACUUGAGAAAAAUGCUGUAAAUAAUAUUCUACAAGUUGGUUUUCAUCUGAGUGGCAGUGUCCAAGAUGAAGGCGAGAAUUUCAAAGUUUCUGUCAACUUUGAUCGUUGUAAAAUAACGAGCGUUUCCUGUAGUUGUGGAAGCAAGGACAUAUUAUGGUGUUCCCAUGUUGUAGCCUUAUCAUUAUAUCGUAUUCGUUAUCCUAAUGCCGUCACUCUAAGAGUACCAAUAUCGGAAACAUUACUCAAAAUGAAUCGAAACCAACUUCAAAAACUUGUUCAAUACCUAAUAACUGCGCAUCAUACCGAGGUUCUACCCACCGCACAACGCUUGGCUGAUGAGAUACUGCAUGCAAAAUCAGAAAUUAAUCUUCUGCAAGGAGCCCCAGAUCCGACCGCUGGUGGGGCAGUUGAAGAUGACAACAGAUGGCAUUUGGAUGCCGAACAAGUUCAGGAACAAGUCAAAGCAUAUCUAUCUCAAGGAUCUUGCACAAAUAAUGGAAAGCAACUACAUAGCAUGUUUGCCAAGGUGCGAGAGUUACUCCGGGUUCAAGAUUGUAAUGGCCCUAGAAUGUUGACUCUGAUUACAGAACAAUUUCUCGCCGAUCCAAAACUGCAACAAAACGUUGCAAUGACUGAAAAAUGUCGACAACUCUGGGAUCAUCUUGGCGCUCUUUGGAUGUGCAUUGUAUUGAACCCGAGCUGUGAAUCUGACGAGAAGCAAUCAUUAAAAAAACAGUUACAAGAAUGGAGUAGCCUUGAAGUUUGCCCUAUCCUAGGUGAAAUUUGCGAGAAUUCAGGAAAGCAAACCGUAUUCUCGCGUGCAAUAUCUGCGUGUGAUCUCGACUGGAAAAGUCAAGUCCUUCAAACGAUAUUGAAGUCUGAUGAUCAAAAUUUGACUUGGUCAGAGGAGCUAUGUGUUGCGGCAGCAAGAAUCGAUGCGCUAAAAACUCACGGUUUUCAGACAGAGGCUCUACGUUUAGCUGUCGCUGUUGCCAACGGGAUGAAGCAAAAACAAGAUGAAACAUUACGUAAAAUACGUCAAGAAGGAUUCACAGCUUCAGUCGCGCCUUCUGGAUGGAUUGGAAAUGUCCUCGAGCCUAUUCCAACACUUUAUGACACGUUGAUGGGUGAUGGCGAAGAUAAUAAUAUUACAGAGAAACGUUACUUAAACUUAGCUUUAGAAGUUGCGUUAAUUGGACUUAGUCAACAUCGCAGAAUGCCCAAAUCAUCCUUUGGUCAACAGAAAUCAAGAAAUGAAGAGGAACAACUCAUCGCGCAAUUGACUAUGUUGAAACAGGAUAAUCAAACUUUGAACACAAUUCAUGAACAAGCGUGUAAAAUCCUUGAAAUGAAAUCCUCGGGUGGUAGUGGUUUAUGCGUAGAUAAGACCAGCGUCCCACUUCAAACAUUUGCGCGGUAUUUAUUUAACGUUUUAUUACACGAAGACAGAGAACUUGCUUUCGAGAUUGGAAUGAGCGCAUUACAAAGUGACUUUUUGAACAAUGAGACGUCUAGUGAAACGAAAUGGCACACAUUUGCACAUUUGGAAGCUCAACAAUGUGAACUGGCUGCUUGUAUGAUAAAAUCCUGCAAAGAUGACAAAAAUAAACUACAAAGUCUUUUGAUUCUAAUCAAGAAACAUAUACAAAAUGCAACUUAUUUAUUCCGUUUGGCUCAAGACACUUUAAAACUGAAAUCAGACGAUGAUCGUGAUGUGUGCGAAAGUGCUUUAGAUCUUGGCUUACACAUUUUAACCUCAUCACUCAAUAAAACAACAUGCAAACGACGUGACGUUAUCCAGUGGUUGCUGGCGUGUUCCUUACAGUUAAAUAAAUCUGUUUUAGUGACUAUCCUGCAAAACUGGCAGUCCCUUUUCACUCCAAUCGAGGUAACAAACUGUGUCGCACCAAUCGCUAUGUCACAGUGUGCUUACCAAGAAUUAAACCUCAGUCAUACAGAACAAGAUUCUCUUCGUGCCUACAUCCAAGCAAUAAUACUCCAGUGCAUCAAUAAAGAUCCUCAGUUCUGCGCAUUGUCUGCACUAACACUCUGUGAAUCUGAACCCAAGACCUUCGAGACCGCUUACCGUACCAUUGUCGAGUGUGCUGGCUCAAUUUCCCCCACACAUUUGUUUGCUAUUGCAAGGUACAUGGACCACAAGAACCAUCCAAUCAAAGCGUUUAGACUGGCAGCACUAGCUAUCAAACAUUCAACUGUUGCUAACAAUGAAUCUGGUCCUUCUGUUGGUGAUGUUCAUUGGUCCUGUGGCCUUGCUCAUGCUUUGGGAAGAGCUGAACUUGGUCAUAUGAUUUUACUCAUUGUCAAUGCUGUGCAAUGCCCAUCUGUUCUCUCUGAUCUACUACACCGCUGUAUAUUAACACCUGCUGGCGUGGCUCAGAUUAAUCCGCAGUCAGAUGGUCCAACCCAUUUGACCUAUGACGACCCAUGCCUGCAACCUCUGGUUGAAGCUGCCAUCAAUGCGUAUGUGAACUGUGCACAUAACAGACUGAAUCAAAUAAGUCCUAAACAUUAUACUGACUUUACUGACUUCCUCUUGAAGGCCAAAGAAAUCUUUCUUCUGGCAAGUGAUGGCGACAAAAGAUUUAACGCACUCAUUGAGAACAUGAAAAUCCUCUAUCGUGGAAAGAGAAAACUAAUGACUCUUGUUUCACAGCGACUUUGCUGAACUUGAUAACUUGAGAAAACCGUGCGUCCGAGCAUUGGUAUGAUUUUAAUUGCAAAUAUUAGUCUUUUUAUCACAUAAGCAAAGAAACUUUUCAUAUAUGCUUUGGGUAAAAGACGUAGUAUAUUUGCAUUUAAAAUGAAACCAUUCAUUUCAAAUAUAUCAGUACAUAAAGAUGUUGAAAUUAUUCCCAGGAAAGUUUAUUUGUAAAUAUUGCAAAGGUAAUUAAUGUACAUAAAAUAUUUAUUAUUGUGGAAGAACAAAAUUUACAGAAAGGAGUCUAUGAAUAAAUGAGAUUUUUAUUUAAA